AUGGCUCCUAUCGCCAUCAGUCCGCAGACCUCACCAAAGAUCAAGCCGGCGGCCAUCCCCGAUAUCAUCAGUCCCAAAUAUCAAGAUUGGAGGGCCAACCUUCAGAAGGAUGGAUAUGUCGUGCUCAAAGGGGUAGUUCCUCGUGAUAGAGCGGUCGCAAUUCAGGAAAAAGCAUAUGACUGGCUAAAGUCAUUUGGGACCGAUCUCGACUUUGAAAACCCCGACACAUGGAUUGGCAAGAAUUUGCCAGUGCAGAGCAAGAUCAACACCUUUACCGGGUACGGGGUCGCCCAUGAGAAAUUCAUGUGGGACGCUCGUAUGGAGCCCGGCGUCCUGGAAGCCUUUGAACUGCUCUGGGGUACCAAAGAGUUGCUGGUCAGCUUUGACUCCUUGAACAUCACAUUUCCUAACAGGAAAGAUGUCCCGAGAAAAGCGGCAUGGGAGCACAUCGACCAGAGCCCCCUGCGACGAGGCAUACAUUGUGUGCAAGGUAUCAUCGUCCUGUCGCCAUCCGGCCCCGAGGAUGGAGGGCUGGUUGUGUACCCCGGGUCCCAUGCCCUCAAUGACGAGUUCUUCGACACAACGACUGAUAAGUCCACAUGGACCGCAAAGGAUUGGUACGGGUUUAACAAGGAGCAACUCGCGUGGUUCAAGGCCAAGGGGAUCGAACCACGUAAGGUGUGCGCAGACGUCGGCGACCUAAUUCUCUGGGAUAGUCGGACAAUCCACUACGGCUCCGAGCCCACCGAGAAGAGCAACCAGAUCCGCACCGCCAUAUAUGCCGCAUACACACCCGCAAGAAUGGCAAGCGAGGACCAGUUGAGACUGAAGGCCCAGUGCUUCUCCAAGUACGCAGGCACUACACACUGGCCACACGACAACAUUGUCGAAAGAGAUACACAGUCAUACCUGGAGGACGGUACCAGAGACCCUCGCGACCGGGAUGCACCACUUGAACUUCCGGAAAAGACGGACAAGCUGUUGAAGUUGGCUGGUGUCAAGCCAUACUAG